CAAGCGGUUCAAGCUGCUUAAGCAAUAAAUAAAAAAUAUGUAUAAAGCAAACAAUUUGUGCGCUUUAGUCAGCUGCGCAUUGCUGCUAGCGCUGUGGGCUAAUGCUGUUGCUUCUGCUGCGGCCAAGUGUAAGCUGGGCGAGUUUUCUUGUGGCGAUGGCAGUUGCAUAGCUGCAAGUCGCAAGUGCGAUGGCAAAAUAGAUUGCGCAAGCCGCGCGGAUGAGACAUACGCUUUGUGCUUUAAUCACGACUGCGAGGGGUUUCAAUGCGCCUAUGGCGCUUGCUACAAAGACUCGCAGAUGUGUGAUGGCGUCAAGGACUGCUGGGAUGGCAGCGAUGAGUUUGCGCUAAUGUGCGCCAAUGACACGCAGCUGAACGAGCUGGCAGAUAAAAGACGCGGCCAGUGCAGCAAUCAGCAGUAUGCAAGUUUUGAAUGCGUCAAGUCCAAAGCUUGCAUAGCACUCUCCGGCGUAUGUGAUGGCAAGCCGGACUGCAGCGAUGGCAGCGACGAAAGCUUUGAGCUGUGUGUGGGCAACGUGUGUCCCACAUUUGCCUACAAAUGCGCCUACGGCGGCUGCAUUGCUCAAACGGCUGCCUGCAAUCAUAUACAAGACUGCUGGGAUGGCUCCGAUGAGCUGCUGAGCGUUUGCAAUCAUUUACGUAAAACCGCAAGCUCAGUGUGGCGCAUUGAUGAGAACAAAUUUGCAAGCUUACCAAAGCCAGAUGCGUAUGAUGCAGUGCAGCAGAAAAGCUGCGCAGUGCCGCAAAGAGCAGCAAGCGUGCGGCUAAGCGUGCUGUACAAUGGACUGGAGUACGCGGUGGGCAAGUCGCUGCCACAUUUGGCCACAGUGCAGCUCAGCUGUGGCGCCAAGCAGACGCUGCUGGGCGCAGAGUUCAACACUUGCAACAAUGGCAACUGGCAAGGCGCUUGGCCAGUCUGCGAAAGAGUUUGCAGCCGCCACGAUAUAAUCAAUGAUGUGCGCUAUGUUGCCAGCUGCGUGCACGAUGGACGCCUCAUCGACUGCGCUACAGAUGCGCUGCUCACAGACACACGUGUGACAUUCAGCUGCGCUGCAGGCUAUAAGAAUCAUAGUCACAUUAUAACGCCUGUUUCGAAGAUCUGCAGCGAGCAUGCAACUUGGGAAAAGAAUUCUAAAGUCAAGCUCGGCUGCAUACCAAAGUGCGGCAAAGCCUUUGAGACUCAGCAAGGCUGGCCCUGGUCUAUCUCAAUCUACGAGCGCACACAGCGCAGCGAGUUUACUUAUCGCUGUGGCGGCGUUAUAGUCGAUCCGUACUACGCCCUAACUGCAGCCAACUGUUUUCCCAUACUGCUGCCCAACUAUCGCUAUACGCUGGCGCUGGGCGAGCAACACGCAGCCAGCUUUAAUCCCAAUCUGGAGCAUCCCUACACGCUGUUCAAUGUCACCAACAUACGGAUUAUGUCCAAGACGCUAGCGCUUAUCAAACUGGUGCGCCCAUUCACGCUCUCAGCUACAGUGAAGCCCAUUUGCUUACAGUCAGUUAAUGAAACAAAUGCGCUUCCAGUUAGUUUUAAUCGAGCUGCUAUAGGCGUCAUACGGACUCAUAUAAAGGACACACUUCAUUCACUAACACACAUUAGCAAUGGCACUGACUGGUUAAGCGUUGAAAACUACAAACGCAGAAUAAGAAGCAAACUCAAUAAGCACGCAGCAGCUGAAGAUUGA